UGUUUUGGAGAAAUUUGCGCAAAUUUAGCUGCAGUGUCCCCCCCCCCCCCCCCCUGUGUUUUGACAUGGGCACUGCGAUAGUGAGCGCAGAUGGAAGCGGCGUGACUGGCACAGGGUGCGUCGUAUUUAGACAGCGCGAGCGUAGCCAGCAGGCCGUCCGAUGCCGGCGGAAAAUAGAGGCGUUCACUAUUCGUUGGGCGAAUUUAAUGUAAUUUCGUUUAAUAUAAAAUAUUUCCAUCCGUGCUUAAUCCAUUUAUACUCGGCUACUUUGAAAAGAUACGUUUUGCAUGUGACUUGAAGAGGCGCGUUUCUUCACUCGGCGCUGUAAAGGAAAAUUGCCCAACAAGAUGACAAACGAACUUUAUACAUUAGAAUAUAAGGCAAACCGAAGUCAUUCGCUGCAAGCGCAGUAGUAAGUCAACCGUGAUAAGGUGCUGAGAACUCGGCACGUGUGAAACUGCAAGUUGACCGUUCUUAUCCCGGCCCUCUAUUAAAUAUUUCAUUAAUAAUUUCCCUAAAAAUGCUUUUAAAUAAUAUUAUUUGGGCUACAUACUAAAUUGAUUAAUAUUACUCAAUUUUGCUGGCGAUUCUCUGCCAAUGCGUCAAUUUGUUUUAAAAGACCUGAACAAUUUUAUUCAGGCAUUUACGUUAGGCACCGAAAAGAUUCGAUCAUCAACAAUCGACGCAGUGUGAAUUCGCCGAGGACCCCCCCCCCCCCAUAGGCAUUUGCCAUGAAAAAACAAGUGAAAGUAAAGAAACACGUCUUCCUGUGAGGUUAUAAGCAGUUAUUCGGUAGUCAGUCGACCCCGUCAACACCAAAGAACAUGUUCAUCCCCGUGGAGAGUACGCCGCCCUCCUUCAAAGACUUCACCCUGAUCAUGCCGGCUGUGGCUGUGGGUAAUGUUGGCCAACUGGCAGUGGAUCUCAUUGUGUCCACCCUCAACAUGCAUCGAGUAGGCUACAUCCACACAGACUGUCUGAUUCCCAUGGCGGGGAACAACCCCUACGCCACCUCUGAAGAGAACAGCAGUGAGCUUCACGUUGCUGCUGAAGUGUACACAGAACCAGAAAUGAAGCUGGCAGUUCUUCAGAUCAGGACGCUGAUCAUUCAGACCAAAUCCAAAAAGUUCCGUAAUUUGAUUGUGUCUUGGAUCAAAGACAGCGGGUUUUCCAGGACGAUAGUUCUGUCCAGCAGCUAUGCCUACCAGAGGGACGACCAGCAGCUCCAAGGGACCCCGCUCAGGUACCUGGUCACACCUGCCUUGCAGAAGGUGUCCGGGGACGUCCUGAAGGAGCUGGGCUGGAGGGAGAUGGAGAGAGUGUCUGCCUUCCCCGGCCUUACAGACACCAACACAGAGCCACGCCUCUACAUACCUGGUGGGGGCAUCACUAGAGGCCUCUUCAUGGACAGUUGUGCAGAGGAGCUGCUGCUGGCUGUGGUGUUAAUAUUCUGUUCAGAAGGAGACAACAUUCCUGAUGCCUUCACACUUGUCAACCACCUGAACAACUGGCUUCAUCUGUUGGACAAACCUAACCAAGAGACCAUCAAAUGGAAGAUUCCCUCUUCCUGGAAGCUUCUCUUUGGCGGCGGCAUUCCACCUGCAAUCUUCUAAUUCACACGCACACACACACAUACACACACACCCACACACACACAGGAUGUUUUGACCAAAGAUUUAUAGUCCAUGCUCGGGAAACAUGAAAGGUGACUUUGGACAGAAGAUCCCUCGACUCCACCCCCCUCCCACCCCACCCUUUGCCUAAAAAACUUUGAUUUUUACCAGUCAGCAACAUCCUUGAGCUGAUGGCAGUGGAAAAAUAGCCCACAUCUCAGGUGGGUGUGUGCGUGUGUGUUUGGGACUUCUCACUAACUCUCCAUUUGGAUCACAUCCUCAUCUGCUGCCCUGUGGAUAACCUUCUAAUGCUCAAAGACUGUCUCCAAUUAAUAAAUUAAAAAUUCCCCAACCUGGCUCUCCAUCCGGCCACCUAAUCAUCCCCCCGCGUGUAACUGGCUCAACUAUUCCCCACUUCAAGCUUAUGUGUGGUGAGCAUUCUGGCUUAAAAUGGCUGCCAUGCAUCACCCAGGUGGAUGCUACACAUUGGUGGUGGAGGUGAGUUACCCCCUUCACUGUGAAGCGAUUUGGAUAUUGAGAUAAAGUGCUAUAUAAAUGUAGUCAGUCAUCGUUAAAAACCCACACUAUUUCUGAAUAUCAUGCAUAUAGUACAAUGUAAUGUAAUGCAAAAUUGUCCUCAUGUUCCCCUCUGAAAAUCUAAAUUUAUCUAUUUCCAAAAAUUGCUGAAAUGUUAAUAGCGCUCAAAUUGUUAUAAACGAAAUACAGUUGAAUUACUAGAACUCAAUGCAAAUGUGUCCUGGGUCAAAGAAAAUAAAAGACUUUGUGUUUCCACUAGAGUGA